AUGGCGGUGCGGUUCCUCAGGCGAGCCUGCGCCAAGCUGUCGGGUGCCGCCGUCCUCCUGGGAGGCGGAGUCGCGGCGGCAACGGUGAUCUCAUCGGAUGAUCCCGCUUCCGCUCUCAAGGUCUGCGCAAUAGUUCCCGUCCGUAUCUGUCGCGAUUCCUUCACCGCUGCUGCCAUGGUUGCCGGUGAGUAUUGCUCUGUCCUUCGCGACGAUCCCUCGUCGGAAAUAAGUUUCUUUUUUGAUGACGUAGGUUUAUUGAAGAGACAUACAAUCCCGUCAUGAAAAUAAUACACGCCACUCCAUCAAUUCGCGAAAAUAAGACGCCCUCUCGUGUUUCCCUUGUUCCCAUUCCCUCCGUUUUGCUCCCCCUCGCAGAUUACAAGUACUCAUUGUGGGGACUCAAUGAAGGAAGUGUCGAACACGCCAGGGUCAAGCACGAGGUCCACCUUAGAGGUGCUAAUAGGCUUCAAGAUUUAUGUUUCCGGAACGGUGGGAUAUACAUCAAGCUCGGGCAGCACAUUGCUCAACUCGUAUGUCUUUUAUUUUGAUUAUAUGCUAUUCACUGUUACUUUCUGAACAAAACUAGGGGCAUUGUCCUAUACUCAGGGUUUCUUACAAUCGCAGAUAAAAAUCCAGGUAGGAUGACAGUUAAAUUUUCUCGCCGUGUUACCGUCCGUUGCUCUGUGUAUAAAAAUCUAGGGGCAUUGUCCGCGGCGGUUAGUAUAUAUCCUUUCCGAUGACCCUGUUGGAGUUAUUGGUUUUCCUCGUAAAAUAAAUGAAAUAUUUGACAUCCUAGAUAUACUUUUGGGAGAGGGAAAAACACUGUCCAUGGAAUGGUGUAUUGAAUGGAUGAUCAACAAUAACGAUUAUUUGAAUAUUUUCUUAGAACCCGGUCAAAGAAUAACCUUCAGUCAAACGAGGAGAGUAACCAAGAGGUGAUGUAGUUGUGGAUAAGGAAGCUGCUGCCAUUGAUGGAGAUAGUUUUUGCUGUUUUCCUCUCCAAAAAUGCUUUGAGAAGGACAGCCGAAACUUGAUUGAUAGGAGGGAGAUGUGCGUAAUCUAAAACCUAUUAGUAGGGUCUGCCAAUGGGGCCAGGCAUCACGAAGCUUGGUCUUGGUACAAGCAGGACGCUUUCAGAUGGGGGGCAGACAAAAUCCAUUGUUCCUAUAGCACCUCCCCCUGUUUCUUUCGGAGGUGCUGAGCUGGAGCGAGGGAGAUAUGACUAUCCUGUUUCUUUUCUGGGCCUGUUGGAAUGAGAGUUCUUUGAUGUGAGCAGGGGUUGCGAGAGAGCAUAGCUCACUGCGGUAUAUGUAUCAACUCAUUGACGAGAUCAAAACCAACUGAGCUCAGCGUUUGACUAAGAAAUAAAGUCAAUAUUUUCAUUUUUUUUAGAGCUUACAAAUCUUCUCUUUUUUGCCCUUAAAACUUAUAUGCAAGUCACCUCCAGUUCCAGUGAGAAUUCGCAAAACUCCGUUUCCAUCGAGAAUUGAAUGGGGUUUUCCCGUAAUAAUCAGGUCAACUAGCAUUGAUUUUUUCAUAAUGGAAAUUAUUUCAUUAGGGCUCAAAUAUCUGAUGAUCAAUAGAUAACCAGGGAAGAAAAUAUUUUUAUAUGAUUCUGGGGAAGGUAAAGAGCGAAAAGCUAAAAUUAGUGCUACAUUUAUGUUGCUGGUCAGCAUAUCAAUUGUCAGUAUGGAGGAUCAUAGUCAAUUCGUUAACUGUAUUCGCUACUUUCUAGUUACUUUACGGUACAAGUUAUAUAUUUUGUGAGAGUCAUUGGUUUCCUGGGUUCAUAAAUUCUUAGUUAUAUCUAUUUAGGAAGUUAUCUACCUGUGACGGGGUGGUCUCCCGGGGCAUUUAAACUUAUUUGGACAAAUUUGUUCUCAUCAUCACAUGAAGCCUUUCUUUAAUUUUAUUAGAUGUAGUACUGAAUGUAACAUCUGGGAGUGCUCUACAUGCAAUAUCAAUUCAGAUCUAAAAGAAUAGUUCAUUUGGAAGUCUAAAGGACUUAAGCUCAUAUUAUUGAUUGUUAACAGAUCACUAAUGAUUUCCGUCCCAUGACAGCACUGUAUGAUGUUUAGAUCCACCUAUAGUCAUGUGGGGGAUUGGAAAUGAUGUCAGCUUUAUGGUCAUCAUGCAACACAUGUUAACUGCUUACUGAAGAAUGAUUUUCGUUGUAACAUAUUUACUUAUGUUUCGCACAGGAAUAUGUUUUGCCUCAAGAGUAUGUGCAGACAAUGAGGGCAUCAAUGCUGAAGUGUUGUCCUGUUUCCUCGUAUGAUCAACUCUGUGAAGUAUUCUCAAAAGAGCUCGGAAAAUUGCCAGAGGAAGUACGUUGUACUGUAAAAAGUAUAUAAUUCACGAGUCAGCUUUCAUAGGAUUGUAAACGCACAAUCAGUCUUUGGUUGUUUAAACGAAUGUUUUUAAGUGUAAUUUAGUAUUGUCCCAUUAAGUCUACAGGUUAUACUUGCACUAUCGAAUGUCUAAUGAAAAAUGAAGCUUUUUGAUCUUGAGGAAUUUUCAAUAUUAGAUUGGAUAGUUUCGUUUACAGAGAUUUUUGAAGCAGUUCUGAAUUGUGCUUUCAUCAUAUUGAUACACAUCGAAGGGCUGAUGAUCAUUCGGAUGCUGUGGAAGUAAAAUGGUUCUUACUAAGCAAGUCAUAUUUCGUCUGCCUUGUUUUAUUCUUUGUUAUGCAUAAAAAAUUGAGGAUUUUUUGGUGGGCUGGUUCUAUGUAUUGUGAUGAUUUCUUCCUUACUAUCCAUGUAACUAUUAUUAUACCUUCCUCUGAAAAUCCGAUCUAUUCUUUUCUCCUUGAGCUAAGUAUGUUUCCAUAGUCCAGCUUCCAUAAAAAUGUACUUGGACUAAAAAUAUCAAUAUAAGUUGAUAUUUUUUGUGCUAUAAGUAGAAGUCCAUGUAUAACUAUGACACACCACUCUAAAUGUCAAUAUGAAAUAUUACUGAUUGUGAAGUGCCUUUAACAUCAGAAUUAUCAUAACACUGAAAUGUCUCAGUUUUAAUGUGUCCAGAGAGCCUUGCUAUCUAAAAAUAAACACAUAACUAUCCGUAAAUUGUUUGAAAGAUCUAGGUAGCUGUAAUAGUAUGCAUGAUGAGAAAAUGAGGUCUUUGUUGCUUCUUGGUUAUGCUGUGCAUUGGAUGGGCGAGGCUAUCAUAUUCCAUGAGUGUUGAACUAGUGAAAAACGAAAUAUGUGCGGAUGCAUUGCUCAUUCUCAUUUUGGUGAGUUUUCUUGUUCAACUGUUUAAAGAUUGAGUGUAAUAGGGGUAGGAAGUUUCAAAUGUUUAAAGUCUGCAUUUGGUUAUGAAAUAUUCUUUCACUAUUUGGUGUUUUGCGUUGAAAAAUUGGACUCUAUCCUGAAGGUCUCCGUUGAUUAUUGAAAUCUACAGGAUUGUGGUGUAUGUUUCAAAUUUUAAAUGAUAGUGUAGAAAUAAAUUUUAGGCAAAGAUACAAGUAAUUGCACGGGACAAUGCAUCUUAUAGUUGUUCGGUGGUUGACCGACUCAUCUUUUGAAGCCUUUAUUCAUGUAUUUUAAGUAGGGCGACUCCUAACCCGUUACUAGUUGGCAUCUAUGGCUAUUGAAUUCUUAUAAACAAACAAAAGAGAAAACAAAAUGGUAACAUAGUCUCAUUUGCCUCCCCUAUCGUUAGUGCUUUAGCUGAUGGGGGGUGCACAAUAGUGUCGCUCAUCUUUUUCUGGGAGAAUAAUCCACCAAUGAAAGCCUUCAUCUUUGAGUUGAUGGAGGGAGAGAGAGAACAAUGCCUUCACCUUUAUGUCUCUAUUCCUACGUUGUUGUUAUACAAAAAGGAGAGGAGGAACUGUGCCUCUGCACUGGAGCCCCUCAUUUCUUGGAGACUUUAGAAGAAGCACUUGUUGGUGGAGGCGGAAGUAGCAGCACAAGAAGAAUAAGAAGAGAGGAAAAAAAGAGAGGAAGAGGGACCAUCAUUGACUAUGUUACUGGUGGCCGAAACUUUUGACGGACUAGGGCCAAACUGUGAAAUGACAAAGAGGAAUUGUUAGGGAUUCCCCUUCUUUGAAACCCUUCCCCAGGAUAUUUUGAUGAAUGAGGGAGGAAGGGAGGGAGGGGGGAGCAUGAAAAUACUAUACCUCUGGGAACGAUGAGUCUUACCUUGCUCUGAAAAAGGCCAUGCUCAACUUGCUUUGAAGAAGCUAAGCCUGUUAAAACAGCCUUUCGAAAUGAUAAUAAUAAUAAGAAGAAAAGUAUAAUGCGAAAUUUGUAUCCACUAGCUCAUUUUGACCUUCAGUGAGUGAUGUGUUCUGUAGUCAAAGCCAUUGUUAACAGACUCAUCCAUCAUAUAUGAGCUUUAUGCUCAGUGAUGUGAUUGAAUAACAAUGGACCAAUUCAAUCUUACAGAAACCUUGUGUGUAUCAGGCAAGUUUAAUUAUAGCGGGCUCAGAUUGGCCUAGAUGUACCUUACGGCCUAUGAUUGAGGAAUUUUACAGUUCAAUCGGUAAAGUAAAUGCAAAUAUGCCUAAAGAUUCAAAUAAACUUGAUGACCUAAUUUCCGUGAUGAUUUUUUUCUGUGAAAGCUUGUCAAAUGGCUUAAUCCUAUAAACUCUCUAAUUGGCUUUAUCUUUAAACGGUUGUCAAAUGGUCUUUAUCCCAUAGAUUCUCAUGUUGGUUUCAAAUUAGCCUCAAACAGGCUUUUUCUUGAAACGUUGCCAAAUAUUCUUUAUCCUACUGAUUCUUUUACGGAUUCAGGUCAGAAAGUUGUCUUAUAGGUUUCUUCCAAUUAGAACUUCUAAAAAUUUGUCAUAAUGAUCUUAUCCUAUAGACGUUCAAAUGAUCUCAGUGACAGAAAGCAAUUGAGGGUGUCCAAUCAAUAACCAAUUUUGUGCAUGAUUCAUGAUGUAAUGGACCCGGUUUAUGGGAUCCUCUCAUGGUAGGUAAUUGAGGGUGUUCCUUCGUUAGAAGAAUGCAAUUAAUGUUGACUUCGGUUGGUGAAGACGAUCCAAACUUGAACAAAGUUAGAAAGCCUUAUCCAUACAAGAUUUUUAAAUAUAAAGAAAAGACAAGUUAAGUUUAUUAAAUCGACAGAAAAUAACUCUUUACAUGUGAAUAAAAAAUGUGAAGAAAAAAAUCUGAGUUGCCAACUAAACCUUCUUAAACGUAACAAGCCCUGCUCAAAAAUAAGCUUGAACAAGACAACCAGAACCAAAUUAUAUCAACUUACAAAAUAUCUUAUGAGAAGUUGAGUGCAUAAGGAAUCUUAGAGCGACAUUUGACUACUUGUAUACGGUUGGAAAUGAGAGCUUCUCGAACUUUUUUUUCUGGAUUCAUAGAAGCACUAAUUGUCUCUUAUUCAUGGGGGCUUUAAUAGCUACACAAAGCUCAAGAUCUAUUGUAAGAAGUUCCUCCUUCGGUGGUUAGAAAAUAGGUAGCUUUUCUUUUUCUUUUUGUUGUUGCUUUUGGCUAGGUAGCCAAUGCAACCUCACUGACGUUCACACAAGAUAGGAGUCGGUUGAUGCGGCUUUCGAUUUCUGUGUUGAUCAACAUUAUUAGCACUUAUAUGGACACUUGAUAAAAGUAUUGAAACCUACAGUUCUUUGCUGAAAACUUUUGCAAAGGAUCUAGACAAAUUGGGACAAGAAAUUUAUAACUAUCAAAAUCAAUUUAUCAUGUUCAGCAUAUCUCAAAACUCAUGACUGUAAAUUAUGGGUGGAUCAAAGAAAUACAUUUCGAAAAUAAUCCUUUCUUCUCCUUGCCACCAACGUAUAGUUAUUUUCCUUCCUUUUUUUUAGCUGCUUAGCAAUCUUUGCCGUCAUACUUUGUGAUUUUAGCAGUUUUUGAGAAAUUAUGGCGAAAGUAUUGAAGUUCUCUUUUUAUUUAGAUUUGGCUUCUGAGCUGCUCAAAAUUCGAUUUACAGGUUUUCAUGGAAUUUGACCGAGUUCCAUUGGCGAGUGCUUCUCUUGCGCAAGUCCAUACUGCUCGGACACAUGAUGGGGUCAAAGUAGCCGUAAAGGUAUCAAUACUUUGUUUUGAAAUUUCUUUCUGUUUCUUAUAUUUGUGCUACAUUCCCAUCCUAGAUAGAUUUAUCUGAUGAAUAUUGAAUGUUAACUUGAAAUUCUUUUUUUAUUAUUUUGCUGAGAUCCAACAUUUUUUUGUAAUCUAGGUCCAACAUGCCCACUUAACAGAUACUGCAGUAGCAGAUCUUACUACUGUUGACCUCUUAGUGAGCUUUCUACACUGGUGUUUCCCUUCAUUUGAUUACAGGUAUGCAUUUGCUUGGGUUUCUUGCUAAUGAAUAUUUCAAGUAAAAAACUAGCAACUAGAACGUCAGUAUUUUUAAGAAGUUACUGUUGACUAGGAGCUAACUAUUUUUGCUAUCUUGAUUGAUCUAUUGUAUUUGGUUUGAUACUCUCUUCCACUGUUGUGUUCUCUUUUUAUUGAAUUGUGGUCUCAUCUUAGCUUACUCAUUAAAAAAGCUCGAACCGCCAGAUGGUUUAGCUUAGUAGUUUAGUUCAGCUACAGUCUUACGACAUUGUGUCAGCAAAUCAUCUGAGGUCUUCUCUUAUCCAAUCGCGGUAACUUGGUAUCAUGUCAAGACUUGGAAGAAAACUGAGUUGGAUUGCAACUUAUUAUGAGGGAACGAUCGUGGUUGAUGCAUUGUCCCAUAGGUUUCCUUGGGAAAUUAGAUUAAGAAAUAAGAAUUGAGCAGUGUUAGUCGACACAAUGUUUGAAGUCUGUUCACUUUUUGAUUUCCUCCAAAUCAAUAUGCUAUAUGUGGUCUAUAUAGAGAGAGAGCAGCAUCUUUAUUUCUGAUCAAAUGCACUGACACACCAUAUAGUAGGAAGUUAAUAGAUAACUCUCCACUCAAAGUCCUGAAAUAUUUUUCAAAGAUAUACAUAGCAGUUUCAAGGCCCUUUAAAUAUCCUGUGGGACUAUUGCAUCAGCAAAAACAAGGUUGGUUUCAGACAUCCUGGAAGAUCUAUUUGCACAUGGAUCAAUAUAAAGGGAUUCAUGUUGUGGAAUCUUAUACUUUCGCUAAAAGAAAAUUGACUGGAACCAACCUGUACUCCGCUGUAUGCUACCUAAGCAUUUACUCUCUUUGGGGGGUUAACCUUUCAUCGAAAAGGAAAACGCCAUAUGCAUAAUCAUCACCUUUAUUGGGCACCCCAAUGCCUCUGGAAUUAGGUUGGCAUUUAUAUGUUUUUUUGUCAUUUAGUCCUUUUAAUAUUUUCUUAACCUCUUUAAUGCAGAUGGUUGGUGGAUGAAAUACGUGAAAGUGCCCCCAAGGUAAGCUACUUGGAUAAUUUAGAAUCAAGUUUUAUAAUCAUAUGGGUGACAGAUGUGAAAUGAAGGAAUAUGAUGACUAGUGUAGUUUUAUUCUAUUGCGCUAAAUAAGGGAAGUCACUAAUGACACGUUCCUUAUACAUUCGAAAAUGAAGUUUAUUUUAUUAUGUAAUUUAUACGAAAAAUGGGGGAACUAGAUCGCAAGUCUAGCUCCAUUUUAUUGCAUAUUUGAAAUUUCCUUUGAUAGAUAUUAUUAUUAGUUGGGAAUUUGUGCAGAUUCUUUUUGGAUGCAUACUUAUGUAAUUUUGGAAUAUAAUCUUGAGUAGACUAUUUUUUCAUGCGACUUUCUGGAUAUACUCUAGGAAUGGGAAAUGUUUUAAAGACCCAUGACCUUUAUUCAAAGCUAUCCCCAUAAGAGGGGAAACCCAUAUUCCAUCUUGUUAAAAUACUCUUGUUUAGUGUGUCACGUGACUAGUGACUCACGUGACUGUCUUAGUGUCUAUUUUUCUUGUGUGUAAGUUUCACACGUCCAAAACCUUUCACUAGGGGACUGAUAUAAAUACCAGACCUUUGUUGUGAAUUGAUGUAAUAGAAUCUUUCCCUGAUCUUGAAUACAAGUUCCUUUCCCUCUCUCUACAUGAGAAUGUUUUUGCCCCAAGGAUCCAGAUGAAGUGAAGGAAAUUCUACAUGGUAUCAGAGCCAAUAUAAGUGUGAUUGCCUCCUGUCUAUUGUAUUUGUGUAGGAGGUUUAUGUUGUCUCAGUGAGCCCCUUCUUGAGGACAUUGGGAAAUCUGUUCAGUUCUUUCUGUGAACCUCUUCUUGUGGUGAUUGUUGAUCUUCACUUGAACGUCUUCUUGAGGACAUCGGGACAUCAGGAACCUCUGUGCAGGAGAUUUAUGUUUUUUUUAUCUCAUUUUUGGGAGCACUUCUUCCUAUUUCUAUUUCUAGUUCUAUGUCAAAAAGAGGAGAGUUCUCAGUAGGUGAUAUCUCUACUACCAUGAUGGAUUGUAAUCAUGUAACAUCAAGAUUGAUUGUAGAACUUCAUCCCAUGGUCACAUAACUUAAGCUAAUUGGUUAUAAUCUAAUCCAGUGGUCAGAAUAUAUUAGGGAAGUUCUAACUGGCCACACCAUUUAGAGGAUACGACACUAGAUCCUACGUCAUGUCAAUUUAGGAUAUGAUGGGAGGAGGAUGCUUUGAUAAAGACAUGUCUAUGGGGGACUAUCAUUCCUCAUAUUAGUAGAGAAUUUUUGUUCAUGAAAACUACAAAGGAUUUAUGGGGAACAGUACAUAUGAAAUACUCAAUGAAUAACAAUAAGUCACAUAUGUGAAUUGGAGAUGAAAUCCCUUUUUAUUAUUUAAAGAUCCAAGUCGGUGAUGGAGUAUGCAGGAGAAUUAAAGAAUUUGUGACAGGAGUUUGAUUAUUACCUUGAUCUUGGAACUGAAGAACCCAAAGAUGCUCUUCUAUGUAUCUUUAUAGAACGAUGGCAUGUCUUUAACUUUCUUUUUGAACUGAAUCCUAUAUUUGAUCAUAUUAGACGACAAAUUUUAGGACGUGAGUGGAGACCAGAUCUUGAUAAGGUGAUCUCGAUUGUCCUAAAUGAAGAAAGUCCUCAAAAAUUGAUGCUAUCUGCAUAUGAUACGGGUAAUGCAGCUUUUGUGGUCAAAUCUGGGCAUACUAUAAAAUCUGUUGUAGAUUCAGUUCGUCAACCGCCUGUAAUUUAAGGGAAAACUCAGAAAUCAGAUUGUCGAGAUAAUCUCUAGUGUAUAUAUUGCCAAGACCCCACCACACUACAGAUGCUAUAAAUUGCAUGGUAAACCACGGAAUCCUAAUUUGAAGCCUCAUGCGAGUCAGAUGCAUCUAGAAACUGAUUUAUCAACUAUUCAGACACCUGAUUAUAUCGACACAUCAACCAACCACAAGAAUAUUGACUCAACUGCAUCAGGCAAGUUAGAGAAACUUUGACUUGAUUUAAAACAGCUAAAUCAUCAGGCUGGUGCGUUCCAUUAUUCUUUUGGAAUUCAAGCUCCAUCACGAGAUAUUACUGAAUGUUGGGUAGUAGACUUCGAAGCAAUGGAUCAAAUGACGAAUUCUUCUUAUAAGUUUCUCACCUAAACUUCAUGUUCUAGUGACCAGAAAGUGUUCACUGCUGAUGGUACGCUUUUCGCAGUGGCUGGUAUUGGUGACCUCACCCUCGAGCUUUUACAAAUCCUUAAAAAUCUUUCAUGUUCUCAAACUCUUCACCAAUCUUAUUUCUGUUAAGAAAUUAGUUGAGAAUACACCUUAUCAUGCCUUUUUUGAUGAAGAUAUAUGUGUGAUAUUUGAUAAGGUUCAGCAACGCAGGAUUAGAGUUGCUAGAGAGUAAUGGAACCCUGAAUAGGGCGUUGAAAGAACCCAAGAUCACCAAUUUUCAGAUAAACAUAGGAAUCUUGUUGGACAUUUUGAUCUUGAUGGUAUGAUAAGUCUCAGACUUAUACAGUUUCUCCCUCCCAAAUUGGGUCAUCAAGUCUUCCCUGAUAUGUUGAGAUAGAUGCUCUAAUACCAUGUUGAUAUAAAAGAGGAGAAGAAGACAUUAAGUCCCCCGCUCCCCACAACACCCCCCCCAUAAUUAACAUAAGAAAAGACACAAAUGGCCUCAUCUUCUUAAGAAUAAAAAGAAGGAAAUGAGGUAGACUGGUGCGUGAUGCAUGCUUCCACUGAGAAGACCUGGACAAAAUCUCCUGAACUACUUGUGUCAAAGGUAUAAUGCCCCCACAUUACAAAUGUCUGACUUGUAUUUGAAAUGUCUAGCACCUUGGUUACUGAAUUUCCAGAAGAAACAGCUAACUGUCUACAAUUGUGAUAACCAGGAACUGGAUUUUUUGUACGAGGCCAAGAAUAGUGAAAAGUGUUUGGAUAAUUUUCGGAGGUUAUCUCCCCACAUUGCGGACUACAUAUAUGCCCCAAAGGUUUAUUGGACUUUAAGUACAUCUAAACUCUUGACCAUGGAAUUUAUGGACUGUGCAGAGAUAACUGAUGUGAAUGCUAUCCGAGGACUUGGAUUGAAACCCACUGAUGUUUCAAAGCUAGUAAGUUUCUACAACAAUCAACAUUUUUUUCGUCACUCUUUUGUCAGUUAUAUUUAGCAAAUGUUGCCGUUUCAACUUAUGUCUUGCAGGUCAGUCAAGCUUUUGCAGAGAUGAUGUUUAGGCAUGGUUUUGUGCAUUGCGAUCCUCAUGCCGCAAACAUGAUGGUUAGACUUUUGCCAUCCAGCAAAAAGGGUAUCUUUGGUGAGAGUUUUCUUUCAUUUUCUUGCUCUUGAUAUUCUCGGAUCCAAAUUUUAUGUUCAUAAAAAGGAUAUCCAAUGCCUACUAGAAAAAGCUCCCCUAUGAGAUUUUAUCUUGACACUCAAUUGCCUGAGCCCCGCGUACCCAAUUAGUUAUACUGUUGGGAAGUCUCACUGGUAGGUGUGAUAUCCCAGACAAUGAGAUAUGUUCACCUUUUCACUACAACAGUAUAUUGGUAUUGAAAUCUUCUCAAAAACUAAUGUUUUGCUGACUUCCAUAUUUGUUGCCCAUCCAUGCCUGUUUGCAAGCCUUUUGAUGAAAAGUGUAUUGCGUGGUAGCAUGUUUGGAGUUCCCGUCUAUCUUUAAAAUGAUGCAGGAACGUUUGUGGUGCCUAUUUGAGUAUGUGAUUUUGUACCUUCAGGGUAUCAUUUAGAUGGUGGAGGUCAAAGACCACUUCAAUUUUUUUAUUCUAGCUACUUGGAGAACAUAGAAGGAAGUAUGUGGUAAGACCUUAGUAAGAUGUCUAGUUUCUACUUUAAGAGCCUGCAGCUGUGCAACGUCCACCGAGUGGAGACAAACUUGGCAAGGAUGUACCAAUUUGAGGGAAUUCGAAAGGAAUCUUGUUAUUAAGUCUUCCAUUCAUUUUUUAGAGAAAUUUUAACCACAUUUCAUGUAAUUACUAGCUAAUUUUACCGUGGUAGGUGUAGAUGUCCUUGAAAUGGGUGUCUCAAGAAGAUUGAGAGCAGAGAUCUGGAGUACAUCCUAGGAUAUUAUCUUUCACGAGCUGCAGGGUGGAGAAUUAGAAAUAGACCUUGAUCACAAAAUGAUUGUAUCUAGUGGGUGGCAGAUAAAAAUAUUUUUUGUUUUUACGCAAGAAAAUUUGUUUUAUUCAAUGCAGCGCAGAGUGUUGUGAUCUUUUUCUUGUUUUUAUUUUUUCCUGUUUUUCUGAAUGUAUUCGUUAUACUUCCUUUUAGAAGGAACUCUAAAGGAUUUCUCUACUCACUGCACUUAUGACGUUUUUACUGCAUUUUCUCAAGUACACUAGUUUCAACCAUCUAUUGACCACGUCAAGUUUUGAUCGGUGGAAACCUUCUAGGCCGCCAGUUUCAGCGAAUCCCCUUGUGCCAAUGAUUGUAUUUUACAUUCGUAUCUCGUUCUCAUAUACAGGUAAGAGAAAACCACAGUUGGUCCUUCUUGAUCACGGAUUGUACAAAGAACUUGAUUUUUCAACUAGGACAAACUACGCCGCUCUUUGGAAGGUAUUUUCCUCUUUUUUUCAUCUUUUUAUGAUUUUCUUCGAUCUUGACAUAUUUCUUGUACACAGGGUCUAGUAUUCGCAGAUGCUAAUGCAAUAAAAGAGAAUAGUGUUAAAUUGGGUGCCGGUGAGGAUCUCUGUGCUCUAUUUGCUGGUGUCCUCACAAUGAGGCCUUGGGAUCGAGUCAUCGAUCCAGCUAUUGAUCAUCUGCUUCUUGAAGGAACGGAUGCCGAUCGUUUGGAAAUCCAGGUCACACGAUCUGUCCUUUAUUGACAACCAAAUGCUUGCCGAUGAUCCAUCAGUCUAGAGUUUGAAAGUUGUUUAUUUAUCGUUUUCGUUCUGUCCCUGGUUGAAUAUCAUGCAAGUCUAUGUGUAGUUUAAGUUUCGGUUUCCCUGAUCAUAGCUUUGCAAGCCACUUGAUCUUUAUGGGUCUGGAUCUUGAGUGUUGUGACUGGAACCCACCAUAACUUUUUCUCCCCUUUGCAGAUGUAUGCUUCUCAAUAUUUUUCCGAGAUAUCGGAGCUGCUUAGGAGACUGCCCCGUGUUAUAUUGUUGAUGCUCAAGACGAAUGAUUGUUUGAGAUCAGUUAAUCAUAUGCUGGUAAGGAAUCUAGUUCAGUAGUUUCGUUAUCUUGGUCAGUGAUCAUUCACGAUGAUGGCAUGGUUUUCUAUCGCUUUUUUUUUUUUUCGGCCGUUCUCCCCUGGUGUUCUUCGCCAGCUGCAAGGGUCGUCUUUGGAGACGUUCGUGAUCAUCGGAAGGGUUUCAGCGAAGGUCGUCGCCGAGACAAAGAUGUCGCAGAAAAGAUCCUUCUUGGCGAGGCUGAGCGUGUGGCUGGAAGAGAUGAUGGUCGAGGCUCGUCUUUUUGGUAUGGAGCUCGCUCUGUGGCUUCUACAGUUGAGGAAGGCUUUGACCGGCUAA